UCUCUUCCGGCUUCCGGUAAAGAAACCCUCGACGAGAUACAGGAGCCAAGGAACUCGCGACGGGAGUUUGUUCUGGGAAGGAAUAGACGGGAGCAAGGGCUCGGGAAUGAAAAGAGGAGUUCGUGAGAGAAUCUGUGAUGGAGAAUAACAUCAGUAAAAAAUAAGUUUGCAGUUGCGCAGACCUAUUCUUAUCCUUUUCUGCCAGAUCAGAAAUAGGAUUGGAAAGCUGUUUGAUAGGUGCGUUGGUUUACCUUCCCUCGAUCCUUUAAAUCUGCCGAAUUCUUGGAUUUUCCGUUCUGCUGGGGAAAACAGGAUUUUUGUUUCUAUCCCUAGUUGGAUGUUGUUAGAGACCAGCAUAAACUUUGCUUAGUUGAGCCGUUUUAAAGAUAAUGGAGAUGGAUGUGGGGAUGAAGCAAUUGCAGCAGACCCUUAUUGAGAGUGAAACUAUUGCCGAGCAUCUCCUUCUUGCACGAAACCAGCUUGUUGAAAAUGACAAGCUAAGAAAUGGAAAUCGAGAAGCCUUAACUGCACUCCGCAAAGUUGCUCGCACAACAAAAUCUAGUGUCCCAUCUCCUUUCAAGAAAAUUAUGGAAGAUCUAGUGGGAGCAGAUUCAAGACCUUUAGUGAAGGAAAUUUGUCCAACAUGUGGAGAUCAUGAUCCCAAGGAACAUACUUGGAUGAUGUUACCAGGUGCUGAUAUUUUUGCUCGUAUGCCUUUUCAUGCCGUUCACACAAUUUUAGAAAAAGAUCAAGAUAGACUGGAUUACGACACGAAGACAUUGCAGAGUUAUGUGAAAGAGAAAUCCUUGAUCUUAUCUGAAAGAGGAGCUCUUGCAGAUGCGAUUAAUCCAGGCAUUCUCAAGUCCCUGGUCACGUUAAAAGAUGAGCGUAAAUGAACAAAUGUGGCAAUGGUGCGCACCUAUCUCUUGCCCUUUGUCUUAUAGAAUCUCAAUAUUGGCUUGUUGUAUUUCUUUUCUGUAAAUUUACCUUGAAAAAUGUAACGGCUAUCUGGAGUUCGAGAUGAUAGUUUAAAUCAGAAGGCAAUGAACAAUUAACUGAUUGAACAUAGUUGAACUUUUUGUGAGUA